AUGGAAGCGUUGGAUGAAUACCUGGACAUGAUCAAGAUGUUUCGAGGUAUGCUUCCGCAGGAUCUCAUUGGAACUAUUGAAAACUUGAACGUGACUGAAAAAGGAGAGUUAAUAAGUUUUAUGUCUAACUGGUAUCAUGGAAGAAUAAAGAAGCCGGAGAAUAAAGAUGAGCUUGUGGAAUUAAUCAAGGAAGAACUACCGACGCUCUACGAUAAAAUCGAUGCACUGAAUACAACAUUCUACACCAAAUUCUUGCAACUGAAACCGGAAACACAGGAAAUAUUGCGCUCGUGGCGUGACAAAGCGAUAUCGUUGGAAGGUGCGACGCCUUCAGAAUCGGCUGUGAAACGACUUCAAAUGCUCCGAGACGUUGCGUUGUCGGUGCAGACGAUGAGCAACGAGACGAAAGAAGACAUACGUUCACAAUUUCCAAUGGCAGUUAAUCUAACCGAAGGAUUCGGCUUCACAAUUCUAACGACAAUGGCGAUGAUAGUGCAGAAAAUAAUAGAAUCAUUCAAUGCCGUUUCAACUGCCGCUACGGUCCCACAAGAAUGUUCUAUGGCGCCUCUAGAUUGA